UGUCAGUUGACGUUUUCUCCCAUUCGCUUGCCUUUCCAGGGGAACUCGGGUCCUCUGCUGCGGCAGAGGCACUGGCAGCCACCUCCUUGAGACCUGCUUGCGCACCAUCUAAGAGCUGGUAGCUGCAGAUGCUGAGUCAGCUUGUACCAUUUAGAGUUAAGAAGCCAGACAUUGGGAAGCCAUGGGCCGGGCGCGCAGGCCUCCACCUGGGCAGCACAGGCAUUGUGAGGGAUGCAUCAACCGCCACUGCCAUGUUCCAGUGGAGCCCAGCGUCUCCUGCCCGGUGAUAAGCUGCCACCUGCUCUGUGGCGCUACCUUCCACAUGUGCAAAGAGGCAGAGCACGCGCUCCUCUGCCCUCUAGAGCAGGUUCCCUGCCUCAACUCCGAGUAUGGCUGCCCGCUCUCCAUGGCCCGCCACAAGCUGGCUAAGCAUCUGCAGGUGUGCCCCGCCAGCGUGGUCUGCUGCUCCAUGGAAUGGAACCGCUGGCCCAAUGUGGACUCCGAAACCGUCCUUCAUGAGAACAUCAUGAAAGAGACCCCCAACGAGGAGUGUUUGGACACAGCCCUGGCCCUCCAGGACCAGAACAUUCUCUUCCGGUCCUUGAAAAUGGUAGACCUUUUCCCAGAAACCAGAGAUGCCGCCGAGGAGCCAGCCAUGAAUGGUGACACCAGUUGGGAAGAGAGUGGAGGCGCGGUGGGAGGAGUGGAGACCAGGCCAGGACCACACUGUUGUCUGCCAGCAGCCAACGGGCCAGUGAUGGAACUCAGUCAGGAGGAACGAGAUGCCCUGGCAAAAACCAAAGAAGGAAUGGAUUUGGCCAAGUUUGGCGAGUGGGAAAGCAUGUUCAGCAAGGAGCACUCAGCCUCGGUUUUAACAGGUUCCUCGGGGAAGAGAGAAGACAAGGUUGACCGGAAAGAGCAGUGUCCCGGUGAUGGUAGCACGCGUGAUGCAGAGGACUCGCCCGGAGGGAGAGAAGCACAGGAAAGCCGGAAGCCCCAGGAUCUUCCUGUUGCCAUGGAGAUGACAGGACUUGCCCCCUGGCAGGAUGGUGUUCUGGAAAGACUGAAAACAGCCGUAGAUGCCAAAGACUACAACAUGUAUCUGGUGCACAACGGGCGCAUGCUCAUCCACUUCGGGCAGAUGCCUGCUUGUACGCCCAAGGAGAGGGACUUUGUUUACGGCAACCUCGAGGCUCAAGAAGUGAAAACGGUUUACACCUUCAAAAUUCCUGUGAGCUACUGCGGGAAGCGAGCCCGCCUGGGAGAUGCCAUGUUGAGGUGCAGGCCAAGUGAGCACAAGGCGGUGGACACUUCCGAUUUGGGCGUCUGUGUGGAGGACCUGCCCAAAUCCGAUCUCAUCAAGACCACCCUCCAGUGUGCUUUGGAAAGGGAACUCAAAGGCCACGUCAUCUCUGAAUCCAGGAGCAUCGACGGGCUCUUUAUGGACCUUGCCACCCAAACGUACAACUUUGAGCCAGAGCAGUUUUCCUCAGAGACGGUGUUGGCUGAUGUCCUAGGCACUGCCCAGCCUGGGGGCCUGCACGUGGAGCUCCACAGUGAGUGCGUGACCCGGAGGCACAAUAAGAGCAGCUCAGCCUUCACUUUCACCUGCAACAAAUUCUUCCGGAGAGAUGAAUUUCCCCUGCACUUCAAGAACGUCCACACAGACAUUCAGUCGUGUCUCAAUGGCUGGUUCCAGCAUCGAUGCCCUCUCGCCUACUUGGGAUGUACAUUUGUCCAAAACCACUUCCGGCCCCCUGGACAGAAAGCAAAAGUGAUCUAUAGCCAGGAGCUGAAGACCUUUGCCAUCAAGCCAGAGGUGGCUCCGGAGCUGAGUGAGGGGUGGAAGAGCGACCCGCUCUCAGGCCAUGGUAGGAAAAGCCUGAAUUCUCUAACCAGCCUGCCGCUGGAGGUUUUGCAAUACAUUGCUGGGUUUCUGGACAGCAUCAGCCUAGCCCAGCUCUCCCAGGUGUCGGUGCUGAUGAGGAACAUCUGUGCCACUUUGUUACAAGAGAGAGGGAUGGUCCUCUUGCAGUGGAAGAAGAAGAGAUAUUCUCACGGAGGCACCUCCUGGAAAGUCCAUAGUCAGAUCUGGCAGUUCAGCAGCCUCUUCUCCAAAAUCAAGAGCUGGGAGUUUAAUGAAGUCACCUCCAUGUCUGAACACCUGAAAGCCUGUCCUUUCAACAUCGUGGAGCAUAAGACUGAACCAAUUCGUUUGACCAGCAUGUGUCAGCCCCAAGAGCAGGCCCGGGAGAGCUUGGUGUCCACAUUUAGGGCCCGACCACGGGGUAGAUACACCUAAAUAUUUGCACAGCCCUGCUCCUGGCUUCUCAGGGUUAGUGAAAUUAGGACAGUACGGUUUGAGGACACCCCUCAUAUCUGCUUCACUGGGUCUGAGAAUGUGUGAAGUCCUUCAGGCCUCAGCAACUACCCUAGGACACUAGUUUUCUGAGCUAUGGCUUGUAAGAUAGUGCCACAUUUUUGCCUUAUCUUAGUUCUUUCCUCUUUUCAUUUCCUAAAAUAGAUCUGUCUGGGAGAAAAUAAGUAACUUAAGGCCAUUUGAAAAAAAUGAACCCAAGUCCUUAGGUCAACUAAGAGAACCAGGAAAUUCUGUAACUAGCAUAGACUAGUGAUUCUACACUGAGCUGUCUAGUUUACAAACCACCUGCAAGUUUUUGGAGCAGGCACUAGAGGGAUAGAGUCUGAGGGGCAGGGGUAUCCCAGGUGGAGGGAACUCGUCUGGAAGGUUCUAGAGUGUGGUCUUCCCUGACAGUUAAGGGCUCUUUUAGGCCCCCUACAGCAUCAAAGCCCAGAUGCUUCCAACACAACCCAACAGAACGGACCACACUGGGUAAGCAUAGCAGUUUCAAGGACACCACAGGCCAAAGCCCAACAGUCCGUUGUGUAGAGUCUUGGCAACACAAAGAAAGUAAGUCCUUAAAAGUGAAGGAAAGGUCAAAGAUCUCCAGGAACAAAGCAGCUCCUGGUUGAGAGCCACUGUCCUGAAGGUGGUUACACCAGCAACACCAAGCUAGGAUGUGCUCCCCUUUUGGUGUGCCAAAUCAGAUCUCACAGAGCUAUCCAGUGCUCCCCUUUUAGUGUGCCAAAUCAGAUCUCACAGAGCUAUCCAGUGGCCAUAAUUCAACGCGACUCUUACUUGUUUACAAAAUGGCUUUUAAACAUGUGAUGAUGCUAAAUUGAGAACCAGAUGGAGCUGAUCUCCCCAAUAUGGUUUUGGGCCACCAGUGUAAGAAUAUAUCCUCCCUCCCUGGCCUCUUUGGGGAUACCUGAAACCAGGAAAGUAAUUUAUCUUAGAUUAAGUUACUCUUCCCUUAUUUGGUGCCAUUUCCCAGCAAUCUUAGAAGUUCUCAUGCUAAUGAAAAACAAGGAAAGGGAGGCAGGCAUCACUGGGAACCAGCCAGCCAAGAAUUCAAAUCACGAAGGAGUCUCGCCAAUCUGUGAGCUGCUUGUCUGGGCAUCCGCCUCUCUGACCAUGGUUCCCAGCUUGUGCAGACGAAGAAGCUGGUGCGGAUGAAGAAGCUGGUGCAGACGAAGAAGCUGGUGUGAAUGAAGAAGCUGGUGUGGAUGAAGAAGCUGGUGUGGAUGAAGAAGCUGGUGCGGAUGAAGAAGCUGGUGCAGAUGAAGAAGCUGGUGCAGAGGAAGAAGCUGGUGCCUCUGCACGGCGUCAGGAAGGCAGCAGAGCGAGCCCAGACUGAAAGCGUGCUCACUUUUCACAUCUUCCUCUCACACUAUUGUUAACACCAUGCUAUGAUACCCCAUCUUUACAGCUUGGUUUGUAUUUCACCACGCUUUUUGUAUGUGUGUGUGUGACUUGUCAUUUUCUAAAACUGUAUCUAGAGUGUUCUCUAAGAUUUUGUUCAGUGAAGAGGAAUAACUUAAAAAAAGCUAAACAAUGUCGUAGGCUGAAAGAAAUUGAGUUCUUCAGGCCUCGGUUCUGACUUCUUCCCCUAGUGGAAUGGAGUUCUCAGAGCCCUCUCAGGGUUUCUUAUUAGAGAAAGAGAGAACUACAGACCACAGAAGCAAGCCCAGGACUCUAGUUACAUGGGCCAGGAGCUGCAGAGAGACAGAGAAGCCACAGGGCUCUGCCUCCAUAAGCCGCACUGCUGGGGGCAACCUGGCCGAGGAGAGCCACCCCUGCCCCACACACACCUGAUUGGGGUGUGGCUACUUAGUCACACUUUCCUCCAUCAAUUCCCAUCUCAGAGCAGCCCUGAGAUGAUUGACAUCUUCAAACAUUUUAUAAGGGAAUUCAUUGUGUAUGUUAAAGGAAACCAAGAUUUCCCCUGUGGUAUUCCCCGGUCCCUGGAGAUACGCUCACUUUGUGGGAGGGCAGCCAUGGCGAAAGGGACCUUCUCAGAGGCCCUGGGCUUGGUGGAUGAUUGGAUGGAGGAAACUGCAGAGAACAGUAUGAGCAGCGGGUCCCCUGUGACAGAAGCAAGGCAUUGCCAUGUGGCUUCAGUUUAAGCAGCAGGUGAGGAGAAUGAGGAUGGAUGUAUUGCAAGCACAGAGCCUAGACAGGAAGCCACCCAUGAGCGGGGCGCUUUGAUGACCAUCACCCUCAGGAAAGGCAACCUAGAGGUGGAAAGCCGCUGAAUGUGGAGCAGGGAGGCUAUAGAACUGAGCCGCACAUGACCUCAGCAGCUUAGGGACUUGAGAAGGAAGCUUGCCUUACCAGGAAGGGUCAAAUGGGAAGCAAGGUAGGUUUAAAGCAACAAUGUUGUACAAGUCUAACAUGUGUGUGAUGCCAAAUCCAACUGAAAUGGAGAACACAGCUUUAUGUAUCUAUGCUGACUUAUCUCUGCAUCAGCAACCCCAGCGUGCCUCUAAUGGGAAAUAAAAGUUGCUUUGCACUCUAAAA